CCACUGCGCGGCGGAAGUUCGACGGCGCGGGCUGAGCGGCGGCUGCUGCGGCGGAGGCGCUGGAGUCUCCUCCGCCUCCCGCCGUGCUCGCUGCGGAGCGGGAGGCCGGCUCAGCUCGGGCGUGAUAUCCAGGACCAGGACGGAGCCCUCCUCCCUGACCAACAUGGACCUGGAAUCCAAAAUGAUGAAGAUGGGCUUAGGCCAUGAACAAGGAUUUGGAGCCCCCUGUCUAAAGUGCAAAGAAUGUGAAGGAUUUGAACUACACUUCUGGAGAAAAGUAUGUCGCAACUGCAAGUGUGGCCAAGAAGAGCAUGAUGUCCUUUUGAGCAAUGAAGAGGAUCAAAAAGUGGGGAAGCUUUUUGAAGACACGAAGUAUACCACCUUGAUUGCAAAGCUAAAAUCUGAUGGAGUUCCCAUGUACAAGCGUAAUGUUAUGAUACUGACCAAUCCUGUUCCUGCCAAGAAGAAUGUCUCCAUCAAUACCGUUACCUAUGAAUGGGCUCCUCCUGUCCAGAAUCAGGCAUUGGCUAGACAGUACAUGCAGAUGCUGCCAAAAGACAAGCAACCAGUGGCAGGCUCUGAGGGGGCGCAGUACCGGAAGAAGCAGCUGGCAAAGCAGCUCCCCGCGCAUGACCAGGAUCCUUCAAAGUGCCAUGAAUUGUCUCCCAGUGAGGUGAAGGAGAUGGAGCAGUUUGUGAAGAAAUACAAGAAUGAGGCUCUGGGAGUAGGAGAUGUCACACUCCCCUGUGAGAUGAACGCCCAGGGCCCUGACAAAGUGCAUAUCUCCGCUGGGGACAGAAGCACCCCAGCAGCAGUGGGAGCCCUGGAGAAGAAGCCUUCUGAUGACAAAAAGUCCCAAUAUUCUUGCCACUGCUGCAAACUGACUAUGAAAGAAGGAGACCCAGCCAUCUAUGCUGAAAGGGCUGGCUAUGAUAAGCUGUGGCACCCAGCUUGUUUCAUCUGCAGCAGCUGUGGCGAACUCCUGGUUGACAUGAUAUAUUUCUGGAAGAACGGGAAGCUGUACUGUGGCAGACAUUACUGUGACAGUGAGAAGCCCAGAUGUGCUGGUUGUGAUGAGCUGAUAUUCAGCAAUGAAUAUACCCAAGCAGAAAGCCAGAAUUGGCAUCUGAAACACUUCUGCUGCUUUGACUGUGACAACAUCCUCGCAGGUGAAAUAUAUGUGAUAGUCAAUGAUAAGCCCACGUGCAAGCACUGCUAUGUGAAGAACCAUGCUGUGGUGUGUCAAGGAUGCCACAAUGCCAUUGAUCCGGAGGUUCAGCGGGUGACCUACAACAACUUCAACUGGCACGCAUCCACUGAGUGCUUUCUGUGCUCUUGCUGCAGCAAGUGUCUCAUUGGACAGAAGUUCAUGCCUGUGGAAGGGAUGGUUUUCUGUUCAGUGGAGUGUAAAAGGAUGCUGUCUUAGGAGGGGAGCGCCAAGCAAUACUGAGCCGUAACUAUCCAAAGCGGCCUGCAUUUCAACAAUAGAAUACAAUUAAAAAAAUCUGUAAAGGCAACCAGAAUAGUCUGGUCUCUGUAUUUUUUUCUUACCAAUUUUUUUAUCUCAAUUUUAAAACCUGCUUUAAGCAUCUGAUUUUUUUAAGCGGUAAAGAACUUUUGAUUUCCUAAUGUGAAAUCUUAGUUGAAAGUUUUCAUUUAAUCAAUCUUCAUGCUCCUAUACCCUGGUGCCAAGCAAUAUACAUAAAUAUUACAUAAAAGAGAUACUGACCUAAAUGAAUGGCGAGCAUGUCUAAUUCUAUACUCUUUUUUUUCUCCAUUCAUGUAUAAAAUGAAAAGGAAAUGAAAUUUAUCCUGAGGCCAACACUUUACAUUUAUCGCUCAUCUUAUCACUGAACUUUAUAAUACACAGUGAGUGCUUUUUAUAAGAGAAAAUAAAAAUUCAGCACAAUGUGUUCAGCUGUUUUAAUGCCUACGUAUUUGCUGUUUUCUGAUUUAGGCAGAGGUGGCAUUUUCUUUAUUGCAUUUCUCUAUAUUUACCUUACCUCUCAGUUUUCUUUUGUUACCUGGUGACCUCCAUCUGUGGCCUUGAAUAUUUUAUUAUCACAUAUGGCAUAACAAUAUGCACAUUUUUUACUUUUAGUGAUCUUUGUCUUGGAACAUAAAAGCUAAGCCACACAUUUAUAUUAUUUUCAAACCAAAGAACAUGUAUAGUAUUAUUGUACCUAGGAAACCAUAACUUUUACUGAUUGCACUUGCCUACCAUGGUUUAAAUAGAUAUUUGCAUGACUUUUAAUCCCAUUUUUGAUACCUCUGAGCCUGUUGAUAGAUAUAUAGAAUGUGCUUGCCUAUAUACAUCUAUCUUUAUUUCUUAUGUUUAGUUUCUUAUAUUUUUCUAAAAGCACAUAACUAUGCACUACAAAUUCAAGAUGGAAUGAGUGAUAUGUAUAUUAUUUUAAAAUAAAGUUUCUUUCAUUUUAAGAA